UUGAAGGAAAAGAUGCCAGACUUCAGACGUCUGUCUCCUCGGUGGGCACCUCAUUCUAACCCUGGCACCCCCUUCAAACGCUUCCCCCCUCCCACAUCCCAGGGCAGAAGGGCGAGCGGGGCAGACUCUAUGAGUCACCUCCUGGGCCUGGAGUUGAGGAGGGAAGCGCCGCCUCUCCUUGGGCCCCUUCUCUCCCCCUUUCCCCUCCCCUCGGGUUCCUGGCAUCGCCAGAUGCUGCGCAGCAGUCUCCGAUUCCCCAUCACUAAUUCAGCUGGCGUCUCCGAGACCGCGGGCUCCCGUAGGGUGUCCGUGGCCCCGAGUUAUAGUCGGAACACCCCGGCCGCGGGUGAUCGUCGGGUCUCCACGCGCUCGGGUCGCUGGCGUGGAUCCGGCCUCGGCUCCCUCUCAAGGCGCCCCGCAAGGCCGCAGGCAGGAUGAACAUUCUGGCUCCAGUGCGGAGGGACCGCGUCCUGGCGGAGCUGCCCCAGUGCCUGAGGAAGGAGGCCGCUUUGCACGUGCACAAAGACUUCCACCCCCGCGUCACCUGCGCCUGCCAGGAGCACCGGACAGGCACCGUGGGAUUUAAGAUCUCCAAGGUCAUUGUGGUGGGGGACCUGUCGGUGGGGAAGACUUGCCUCAUUAAUAGGUUCUGCAAAGACACCUUUGAUAAGAAUUAUAAGGCCACCAUCGGAGUGGACUUUGAGAUGGAACGAUUUGAGGUGCUGGGCGUCCCCUUCAGUUUGCAGCUUUGGGAUACCGCUGGACAGGAGAGAUUCAAAUGCAUUGCAUCAACCUACUACCGGGGAGCUCAAGCCAUCAUCAUUGUCUUCAACCUGAAUGAUGUGGCAUCUCUGGAACAUACCAAGCAGUGGCUGGCUGAUGCCCUGAAGGAGAAUGACCCUUCCAGUGUGCUUCUCUUCCUCGUAGGUUCCAAGAAGGACCUGAGUACCCCAGCUCAGUAUGCGCUGAUGGAGAAAGACGCCCUCAAGGUGGCCCAGGAGAUGAAGGCUGAGUACUGGGCAGUCUCAUCUCUCACUGGUGAGAAUGUCCGAGAAUUCUUCUUCCGUGUGGCAGCACUGACCUUUGAGGCCAAUGUGCUGGCUGAGUUGGAGAAAUCAGGGGCCCGACGAAUUGGGGAUGUUGUCCGCAUCAACAGUAAUGACAGCAACCUCUACCUAACUGCCAGCAAGAAGAAGCCCACAUGUUGCCCAUGAGAGGUUGAGGAGACUGUUCAGAGACUGCCCAGCCCUGGGGUACUGUGCCACCUUCAUUCCCCCAGAGCUUGACCCCUGGACAUUUGCACUGACUUUAUCCAGACCAAAGAGCUGCCUCUUGGUGGCAAUAUCCCCAGAGGGGUAGCUGGGACCAUGCUAGUCACUUCCUGCCCCCAGGCACUGUGCCAAAGACUGGAUGCCCCCUGCUCCUCAGGGGACUCUCCAGGGUGCCCAGCAAUAGAGGGAGAGAGAGUCCCCUGUUCUUUUGCUCAGCCUGCUGGAUGCUUUGUGUAUGAGAAUGCCUAAUGAUUCCAGCCUCUUACUGUGCCUUUAUGCAUUAAAAUUUCUUUGUUACAACA